AUAGAAACAGAAAAACAACAGUCACACACACACAAGCAGAUACUCUCACUCACACAAACAUACACACACGCCUCCGACUUCGUCUGUCUGUGUGUCCAACAGUUGGUUACUUAGCUGCCAUAACAACCAAAACAAAAUAACAAUGGAUCGUAUAAACCCAAACAUCGCGUGGAAGUUUUAAUGUCUAUUUGUUAUCAUCAAUCAAUCAAAUCCUGCCUGUAAAAAAGAAAAGAAUCGCUUCUUUAUAUAUCGAAUCGUUUGGAUGAAAAAAAUCGUGACAACCCUAAGAAACUCACCAAAAUUUUUCACUGGGACAUUUAAUAUUUGAUAGCCCGAAGAAAUGUUAUUGAAAUAUUUCAAGAAUAUUCUAGCCCCUCAGGAUGGUGCAGCAAAGAUCUGCGCUGUGUGCUGGUCGGCGAACAAUGUAAAAUGUGCUGUGUGCACCUCGGACCGUGUCGUUCUGCUGUACGACGAAGCCGGAGAGAAACGAGAUAAAUUUUCCUUGAAGCCUGCAGAUCCAAAGUUUGGCAAGACCAGCUACACAGUGAAAGGUCUCUGCUUCUCGCCAGACUCCACAAAGAUCGCCAUCGGACAAACGGACAACAUCAUCUACGUUUACAAAAUUGGAACUCAGUGGGGAGAUAAGAAGGUGAUAUGCAACAAGUUCGUACUUCAGAGUUCCGUAACUGCGAUGGUUUGGCCUAACAAUCAAGCUUUGAUUUUUGGCCAGGUCGAUGGAAAGGUCCGUGCAGCCAACAUGAAGAGCAACAAGUCGUCCACAAUAUACGCGACCAACUCCUACAUCGUCUCAUUGGCUGCCAGUCCGUCUGGGAAAGCAUUCAUUUCUGGCCAUGCUGAUUGUUCCAUAGUGCGCUACACAUUUGAGGAUGAUGGUUCUGGUGAGACACGGGGUUUGCUGUGUCACCAUUCUUCAGCCCCUUACGCGCUGGCCUACACCAGUCACGGCAUCAUAGUUGGGGGCUGUGAUAAGAAAAUCGUCGCUUAUGACAGGGAUGGUCACUGCUCGCAGCAGUUCGACUUCAGCCGGGAAGAGGACGAAAAUGAGUUCACCUGUGCUGUUUGCAGUCCCAGUGGCUUCUCUGUCAUUUUUGGAAGUUUCAACAGGCUGAAGAUCCUGAACUGGAACCCUCGGAAAGGGCUGUGGGAGGACCCCAUCAACAAGAUCAUUCCGAACCUGUACACAAUCACAGCCCUCAGCUGGAAGCCGGAUGGCUCCCGGGUCCUUGUGGGUACCCUAUGCGGCAGUGUGGAGGUGUUCAACAGUACCCUGAAGAAGAUCAACUACAAGAAGAAAUUCGAGAUUGUUCACGUUGGCCUUAAUCAGGUGAUCGUGACCUGUCUGAGCAGUGGUCAGAAGACUGUGCUGAAAUCGCAGUAUGGCUACGAGAUUGACAACGUACGCAUCAUGGGCAGCGACAGAUAUGCUGUGGCUAACUCCACCCAGACAAUCAUCCUGGCUGACCUCUUGACCAACAAAUUCACCGAGAUACCUUGGCAAUCUACUGGUGAAAAUGAAAAGUUCUACUUUGAUAACGAGAACUCAACAGUCAUUUACAUCGCCUCAUCUCAUCUCUUCUUUUUUUAUCAUCUGCUUCCUCGAACCCCUGCAUGGCCACCACCACCUCUGUCGGACUCCAGCGUCCGCCUUAACGAGCGGCAAACCAAAAGGUGCCAUACCGGUGACAACAAGAGGCUCGCCUACCUGCUGGACAUGAAGACUGUUGUUAUAGUGGAUUUGGUCACAGAGAAUGCCAUAGCAGAAGUGGAACACGAUUCAAAAGUGGAUUGGUUAGAGCUCAACGAAACUGGACGAUAUCUGUUGUUUCGGGACAAGAAACUGAAGCUGAAUCUGUACUUCAUCGAAGCUCAACAGAGGGUCACCAUCUUGAACUCCUGUCUCUACGUACAGUGGGUACCAGGCAGUGAUGUGGUUGUGGCACAGAACCGAGGUAACUUGUGCAUUUGGUACAACAUAGAGGCCUACGAGAAGGUUACAAUGAUCCCUCUGAAGGUGAAAGAGAAAGAAGGCGACUACAACGUGGCCAUCAACCUCUACCUCAAAUCUGGAUUGCCCACCAAGGCCGCCCGCGUUGUGACCAGCCACGAGAACCUUCUCUCCAACACUGAACUGACCUCUCGAAUAGCCUCCGCUCUCGUCAAAGCAGAACUUUACGAACAAGCAGGAAACCUUUAUGAGAAAACAGGGGAGUUUGCUCGAGCCUUGCAGUCGUAUCGUAAAGGACGUAGCUAUCAACAAGACUCUGUACAUCUAAGGUGCACCACGAAAGCUAUCGAAUCGGCCAUCAGUUCAAACCAAUGGAAAAAGGCUGUCCAGAUCCUUGAACUGCAGGACUCGUCCACCGUCACUAAGUACUACAAGAAGAUCGCUGACCAUUACGCUCAGGUCAAGGAGUACAAGAUUGCCGAGCGUCUCUAUUUGGCUGCGGAUUGUAUGAAGGAGGCAGUAGACAUGUACAACGAAGUCGGAAUGUGGCAGCAGGCUCAUAAGCUCGCUUCCAAAUUCAUGAAUGCCGAUGCGGUGACAGCCCUCUAUGUGACCCAGGCAGACAAACUCCGUGAUCAGGGCAAAGUGAAAGAAGCCGAAAGACUUUUCCUUACUGUUGAGGAACCCGAGCGUGCGAUUGCCAUGUACAAACAGCUGAAGAUGUACCCAGAUGUUCUGCGCCUGGUGAAACUCUACCAUAGGGACAUGCUGGAAGAGACCUACUGCCGACUUGCCAAGGAAGUUGAAUCUGAUGGAAACCUACGCCAGGCUGAGGAAUACCUGCUUAGUGCCAACAAUGCCAAAGCUGCGAUAAAUAUGUACCGAUCUCAGAACAUGUGGUCUGAUGCUUACAGAAUUGCCAAGAGCCAUUGCGGUGAACUGAUGUCCAAGCAAGUUGCCUUCCUCUGGGCUAGAAACCUUGGUGGUGACUCCGCUGUGAAGCUUUUGUCCAAGUUUGGGCUCCUGGAGGAGGCAAUAGACUACGCUGCAGAACAGUGUGUGUUCGACUUUGCCUUUGACCUGGCCCAUGUUGGGAUGAAGGAGAAAUUACCCAGCAUCCACCUGAAGCAGGCUAUGUACCUGGAAGACGAGGGAAAGAUAGCGGAGGCUGAGCUGGGUUUCAUCAAGGCCGGUCGGCCUAAGGAGGCUGUUCUCAUGUACAUGCAUAAUAAAGAUUGGGACUCUGCUCUGCGUAUUGCUGAAUCUCACGACCCUGAGCUCGUCACGGAAGUGCUCGUGGGUCAGGCCCAGAUUGCUUUCCAAGAAGAGGAUUUUACACGCGCAGAGUCUCUCCUUCUCCGUGCUCAUCAGCCAGAAAAGGCCAUCGCCUUCUACAAGAAACACGAGAUGUGGCAGGACGCCCUGCGCUUGUGCCAACAGUAUCUGCCGAACAAACUGGGAGCUGUACAGGAAGAGUUUGAGCAGGCACAAAUGAGCAAGUCAUCCAGAGGUAUCGAGACCAUCAUCCGUCAAGGAAGAGAGUGGGAGUCCAACAAGGAGUUCAGCCGUGCCGUGGAGUGUUACCUCAAAGUCUCUGAACUGGUCACUAGUGAUGUGAACAUUAUGAUGAAAUGUUGGCACAAGGCUGUAGAUCUCUCUGUGAAAUUCCUUGGACACAACCGGUCAGUGGAAGUGGUGGACAACGUAGCUACACGCUUGGACAACAUGGAGAAAUAUGCUAUGGGUCGUAAAGUUCUACAGAAGUAUGUGGCCAUUUAUGCUGCACAUCUAAUCAAUGAGGGGCAGAGUAUCCAGGCCCUUGAACUGUACACAAUGUACGGGGCACCAGCUAGCCAACAGUAUACAGAGCUGAGCCAGAACAGUGACAGCAACGACAGCACCAGGCGGGAGUACCACACGUACCUGUUGAUUAGCCAUUACUAUGCCACAAGAGCAGCCGUACAGACAGACCUCUCACUCAACGCCAUAGCAGCCAAGUUGUCCGUGUCCCUGUUGAGACACACAGACAUUGUGCCUGCGGACAAGGCUUUCUACGAGGCCGGUCUUUUGUGUAAGGUAAGUGUCAAACCCCUAUUAUUAUUUUUUUUUUUUUUUAUGAUUGCUACACUUUUGCAGGCCAUUGAGGACGGAACUCUGGACAGCUUGGAUCACUCCGACUUCCAGGCUACGGACAUACCAUUUGAGAUUCCACUGCCUGAGCAUCUUUUCCUUUCUCCCAGUGAACUCGAACAGCAAAAGGAGUGGGUCCUUGAAGUUUCCAUGAACCAGAACGUGGAGCAGGUGCUACCCAAGGAUGAUAGGGGUGUGUAUGAAGCUUCCCUCGUCAACUACCAAAACGGGCAGGCGUCUGUGCCAUGCCUUAUCACAGCAAUUACUGCAGAAACAAAUCGUUAUGCAGAAUAUAAACAAAGAGGAAAUCUGAGCAUUUUUCGCUUUCAACAUUAUUCCAGGUUUCAAGCUAUUUUAGCAAAAUAUAAUAUUUUGCAAGGUCAGCUAUCGGAAAAUAGAUUGGGUACAGUAAGAUCCAUCUACAUUGAUAAAGUCCCGAAUAUUGUUAACACCUCGCUCAAACCAAGUGGAAUGAAGAUUACAUUUUUUACCGACCCUUAA